CGCUCCGACAACAAACAAAAGAUCGAGGCUAGCUGAGCUCAUUACACUCGGUCCGUCUCUACGCAACAUAACUGCUCUCCUACCUCCCUACGUCGACCAACUCUUCUGUAUUUCAUCCACUCUCAGUCUCCUUCUAGUGUCUAUAUAUAUGUGGCUUUGUGUCAGCUAAUGUCAACCUGAGCCGAGCGCUUUGCCUUUUGCUGAACGGGUUAGCCACCAGGUUAGCUUCUCGGCUAACCAGGAGCUAGUUAGCUGGGCAUGCUAGGUAGCUUAGCCUGCUAUUCAGCUUAACCCGUACAAACCAACAGAGACAGUUAGCUUAGCAUGCUAGUUAGAUUAGCUUGCUAGUUAGCUUCUCCCAUACGAACCAGCGGAGCCAGUUAGCUUAACAUGCUAGUUACCUUAGCCUUCUAGUUAGCUUAUCCCCUACGAACCAGUGGAGCCAGUUAGCUUAGCUUUUGCUAAAAAAAACUCCCUUUAAAAACACUCGACACUGACCGACACAAGUGGAUUUGGCUUGUUUGCCGACAAGCCAUUUAAAGAGUGAAUCUUCGUGAUGUCUGGACAGUCGUCGGGGGGCUGCGGGUUCCUGAUGUCGGUUGUUGUCCACGGAGACUCUGCUCUGAACGACCAGGAGAAGGAGCUCAACCAGCGACUCCGACGGCUCUACCCGGCCGUAAAUGAGACGGAGACUCCGCUGCCCCGCUCCUGGAGCCCGAAGGACAAGUUCAGCUACAUCGGGCUCUCACAGAACAACCUCCGUGUGCACUAUAAAGGUCAUGGAAAAACCCCUAAAGAUGCAGCGUCAGUGCGGGCCACACACCCCAUCCCUGCUGCCUGCGGGGUCUACUACUUCGAGGUCAAGAUCAUCAGCAAAGGACGAGAUGGGUACAUGGGCAUCGGCCUGUCAGCUCAGGGUGUAAACAUGAACAGACUCCCAGGUUGGGACAAGCACUCGUACGGGUUACACGGAGACGACGGUCACUCCUUCUGCUCGUCCGGCACCGGGCAGCCCUACGGACCCACGUUUACAACGGGCGACGUGAUUGGCUGCUGCGUUAACCUCAUCAACAACACCUGCUUCUACACAAAGAACGGACACAGCCUAGGCAUUGCCUUCACAGGACCCUACCAGCCGAACUUGUACCCGACCGUGGGUCUCCAGACUCCAGGGGAGGUGGUGGACGCAAACUUCGGGCAGCACCCCUUUGUGUUCGACAUCGAGGACUACAUGCGCGAAUGGAGGACGAAAAUCCAGGCGCAGAUCGACCGCUUCCCCAUCGGAGAGCGAGAGGGCGAGUGGCAGUCCAUGAUCCAGAAGAUGGUGGCUUCCUACCUGGUUCAUCACAGCUACUGCGCCACGGCUGAAGCUUUCGCUAAAUCCACAGACCAGGCCGUGCACGAGGAGCUGGCCUCCAUCAAAAACAGACAGAAUCCAAGAAGCUGGUGUUGUCGGGCAGAAUUGGGCGAGGCCAUCGAGACGACCACGCAGCUGUACCCCACUCUGCUGGAGAGGAACCCUGACCUGCUCUUCAUGCUCAAAGUGAGACAGUUCAUAGAGAUGGUGAACGGGACGGACAGUGAGGUGAGAUCUGGGGGUCGCAGCCCAAAGUCUCAGGACAUUUACCCGCCUCCCCCCCGGCCCUUCAGCCCGAGCCACAAAGCCAGCGGCUCCCUGCCAGGGUCCGACAGUACCUGCUGUAAUGGAGUGACGUCCAAUAAGAGCCACAGCACCCCCCCUCACAGUCACAAGCCCUGCCCCCCCGCCUCCCCCCCCCCUCCGUCUGACGUCAGUCUCAACGGGAGCCACAGCCAGACGCCCCUCACCAGCGAUGUGGACAUGGAGGUGGACCACGUCUCCAACGGAGUCACAGAGUCGUCCUCCAACGGUUUCCUCAACGGCUCCAAACACGUGACCGAGCCCGACGAGUGUGAGGCAGACAUGGAGGUGGAGUCGGCUCAGUCGAAGAGGCAGCUGUGCGGCGGCAGCCAGGCGGCGAUCGAGAGGAUGAUCCACUUCGGCCGCGAGCUGCAGAGCAUGAGCGAACAUCUGCGCCGCGAGUGUGGGAAGAACUCCACCAACAAGAAGAUGCUGAAGGAUGCCUUCAGCCUGCUGGCGUACUCGGACCCCUGGAGCAGCCCGGUGGGUUUCCAGCUGGACGCCAUCCAGAGAGAGCCCGUCUGCUCCACCCUCAACAGUGCAAUACUAGAGACUCACAACCUGCCGAAGCAGCCCCCCCUCGCCCAGGCGGUGGGUCAGGCGGCGCAGUGCCUCUCCAUCAUGGCACGCACCGGCACCGGAUCCUGCGCCUUCGCCUCUGUGGACGAUUACCUGCACUAGCCCCAUGCUUAAACACAACACACACACACACACACACUCUGAGGAACUGUCCAGAAAUGCCUCCUUCCACCUCCUCCAUCAGUGAAGUCGUAUUAACGCUCCGAUAAAAAAAAAAAAGUAGGCGAAAGUUCACUCGCUUCUGCUCACCGCUGAGGACCAGGAGACGUUUCUGGGCAGGUUUUUUAGAUUGCUAACACAUCAUACAUUUAAAAAACAAAAACACACACAACAUCCCUUUCCAUCGUAAAUAUGAGAAAAAACACCUCGCAAACAAACCCCUCUUUCCCCUCCUCCUACAGUCCUGCAAGGCUGCGUCUUUCUGACUGACGGUGUGAAGACGCUAUUAAAAGGGUAGCCGACUUGAAAAAAAACUCUGUAUACAAACCGACCGACUGACAAAAAAAGAAACCCCUGGUCAAACAUAAGUAGAAAAAACAAGUAGAAAACCGACGAGUGGUCCCUGUAAACCAGGUACACACACUCACACACAUAUAUAACACACGCGACAGGCUGAUGCUGAAAACAGGACGGAAAAUACAUCUCCAUUUGAUCUCCGGUCAACUUAAGGCUCCAUUAAGGAUAGCCUAAAUCCCCCCUUUCACCCCCCUUUCUCCCCCUUUCUCCCCCUUUCACACCUCCACUCACUUCAGGACAUUAUCUGAGAUUUGUGUGGCGCAUGUGGACUCGGGACUUUGAAGAAGCCGGAGAGAAUCUACAGUCUGAACUCCCUGUUUUUAAUAUUCUGUUUUGUUUUCAUGAGCGGGAGGGGGGGGGGGGGGGGGAGAUGGUUACCUGGCUCUUGUUUUUGUUUUUUUUUCAAGGUUUACAAGGCAUCGGCGCAGACUAUUAUUAUUAUUAUUAUUAUUCUUAAUUAUCAUUAUAUUAAUUAUUGUUACUUGCAUUCACAGUAUAUUUGUUGAGCGCCAGCAAGAGCAAGUUCCAGUUACUAUAAUAAAGGUCCCGAUCCCAUCGAUCACCAGUGUGUACAUGUUAACGUUUAUAUAUGAAUUUAACAAAAAUGGAAUUAUAUCAAUAGAGUGAGAUAUUUAGUUAUCAAAUGAAAGGAAAUCGUUGAAAAAAAAAAAACAACCCAAUGCUUUGUACCGACAUCAGUGACUCCUGAAGCGUCGAGUUCUUAUGUCGCCUGUUUUCUUUUGUCCAGGGUUCCUAUGCAGGGGAACAAUUACACAUCUGACCAUUUCAAGGUCUUUAAGAUAAUGGAAAACAAACUUAAACUAAAGGAUAUCUGGAACUUUAAUUUCACAUAUUUUGUUACUGGCCGUAAAGUAAUGUCUUGACCACAGCCUAGCUACAUUUGGUAAAACUCUCUAAACCUUUCUGGAUUUUCUGAGAAGUCGACCCUGUGCAGGAACCCUGCGAUGACCUCUGACCCCCGUUUUUACUCGUUAAAUCCCCCGCUGCACAGCAGGUUUGAUGCAAACGUUGUUAAUCUUUAUUUUCGUAUGGAUGUCUAUGCUAAACCCCUAAUUAACCCACAAAGAACUCAGGAGCCAAACAUGUCCCUUUGUUCCUCCUCAUGGUUUUAGAAUCGGCCGACAGACCCCUCGAUUACAGGUGGACUCGUUUUAUUUUGUAUUUAAAAAAAAAAAAAAAACGCUUCAGACUCGACCGCCGGGAAAAACAAGCGACGGCGAAACUGAGCUGCGAUGAAGUGCGCCUCUCUCUCUCGCUUUGGGUCACUUUUACAGAGGGAAAGAUAACGAGACUGCAGCAACGUUCACGCUACUUUAUUUUACAAAAAAAGGAAGUAUCUUUGGGUUUAUUUGUGGAAACCGUUUUUAAGCUUUAAGCGGAAAGAGUGGACUUUUUUUAAUGACAACACAGAGACGGCAUAGCAACUUCUGUGCUGCGAAGAGAUCGUGACCCUGUAGAGUUAACGCCCCUAAAUGUUUAUACACGUUUAUUUUUUCUCCCCGUUUCAACACGUGUUCAAGCUGUGUUUCCCCUGUUGACAUUUUGGGUGACUCGUUGCAUUUGUAUUGCACUCAAAAAGUGGAAGCUAGCAGGCUAGGCUAAUUAGCCAAACCCUGAGGAACAGAGCCAGGCUUUGAGGCCAUUUUCAGUAGUGGCCAAACCAGACCUACAUCUGAGGAGACACAUUUUUAAUCAACAUAUUAACACUCAAGUAGCCCUCAUUUUAAAUCAUAAGGUCCAUACAAGUUUUAAAAUGCACUUCUAUCCAAUUACAAAGUCCGUUCUCUGUUCAUUAAAACGAGGAGAUGCUUGUGCGCCUGCUCUAUGGGCCCAUAGACGCAGAAAAUAAGGGUUAUUUUAUAAACUGCGCAAAUGAGCAAUACCUCCAUCAGGGUAUCCAGUUCUCUUUAUUUAAUCGUGGCUAAAGCUAGUUAUCUCGCUGAAGUUAGCCGCCCCCACACAUUCGACCUCUUGUUUUUAUCAUCUAUACAUUCAAAUCAAACACCAAGGGGAUAUGUGCUGAAUUAUUAGCCGACAUUUCUGUUAUUUCUGGUUUGGGUUAAUGUUGGGUAGCAAAAGUAAAUUGUCUUAGUUUUCAGUUUGUCAGAUAAUAAACCUCAACCUAGUUUGAUCUCUCUAGUAGCAUUUUGCCUAUAAACAAGUUAUCAUUUAUAUAGCUCCAGUUGAAAUAGAGUGGUGCAGCAAUUUUGUAUUUUUGAAAAUGUGCAUCUUCCUGGUUCCCUUUAGAAAAAGCCAAUAGGAUUUCUCUAUUGGAUUAUUGCAGAAAAUAAUCCCUGUGGCUAAAGGCGGCUAAUGUUGGGCUAUAAAGAAACUACAACACGGUCACAUGACUUCACGUCCCCACCGCUAAGCUAAAGGUGGCUAAUGUUGGGCGUGAUGGCGUUUAGUCAUCUCAUUCAGACUUGUUAGCAACCGGCGUUUUAAAAUUCACCAGUGGGGUAUUUAUUUACUGACGUAUUUAUUGUGGUAAAAAUAAAAAUCUCUUCAGUUUGUGUUAACCCCAGCCCAUUGACUUACAGAGGGAACAGGAAGUGCUAAAAUGCUAACUCAUUCCUGCACCACUCUUUCAGGAAUGAAAGGCCCUAAAGUUUGCUUAUCGUCCCUCAGAGGAAAGCUUUCUCUUCUCACUAGCUUUUCAGUUUUGUUACAGAGUCCUCCUUGUGUUUCUAAAAGCAUCGACAGGAACAAUAAAAAAACCUUCAGUAUUGUCAACACCACAUUUACAAAAAUAAAGAACCAAAUACUUGGGGAAGGGUCUCUGGAGGAACCGAGCUUUUCUGUCCCUUGGUUUCUCUUCGUUUGUUUUUCGGAUCGCAAGCAGUCACGGCAUCGUUUAGAAAACUUCUUAGACAAAGUGUCUGUUGUCAUUUUCUGAGUACGGUCUGAAACCUAUGCAUGCCAUAGUAAAGUGGUGGUAAGAUCAAGUUAGAUGUCUCUUAUUUUAUUCUUUUUUGUUUCUCCUCCUGUUAGCCGGUUAACGGUGUGUAAGGAAGAUGUCAACCAGUAAGUUGUCCUCUGCUGACUGUGUGUCCAUUUGGAGAAAAAAAAAGUGCAAUUUGUGUGAGGGUGAAAAGAUUUAUAUUAAAAAAAUGACAAACGAUG